UCCCAAAACCCUUUUUUUUUUGCCUUAUUAUUCAGCUUUGAGUAUGUUUUUUAAGAAAUUCAUGGGGGAGGAAUACGACGACGUGAAUUUGAUUGUGUUGGGAGUAAUCUCAUGGACCACAGUUUUUCUCUUAAUCGGAAAAAUCUUCUCCAAACGCUCCUUUGAGUUCUGCAACCGCAUCGUUUCUACAAUUCAUGCUAUUUUGGCUGUAACUUUAGCCUCGCUCUCUGUUGAAGAUUGGAGCUGCCCAGUUUGUCCUUUGGCUUCCACGUCUUCUCCUAAGCAGAGACAAGCUUUGGGUGUUACAGUGGCUUAUUUUAUAUAUGACUUGAUAUGCUGCCUCUUUGACCACCGAUUCAGUUUUGACAACGCUGUUCAUCACUUGGUCGGCAUCGUUGGUCUUGGGGCUGGCCUUGCCUUUCGAAAGUGUGGAUCAGAACAAGUUGCGGCAUUAUUCAUAACGGAAAUCUCAAGUCCUCUCCUCCACGCCAGGGAGCUAUUUAAAGAACUCGGUUACAGAGACACUGGCCUCAAUUUAGCAGCAGAUAUCAUAUUCGCUGUAAUAUUUUCGGUGGCAAGGAUGGUGGGUGGACCCUAUCUCACAUUCCUCACACUAUCGGCUAAUAAUCCUAUACUUAUCAAGGCAACGGCCGUAGGAUUGCAGUUAGUGAGUACUUUCUGGUUCUACAAGAUUGUAAAGAUGGUGAAAUACAAGCUUACUAAAACAAGAAAGUGAGCCCUGAUUCUACUUCUCUGCAAAUUGGAAAAUUGGACUAAGCCAGUGUUAAAUACUAUACUUGGAUGCAUUAUCAUCUUCACGUGUUAAAGCAUCCUGCAUAAACAUGCAGGAUUUAUUGAAAGAUUUGGCUUUUAUAACUAAUAAAGAUUACGGUUACAGUAAA